AGGUGGAUUAUGGUUUUGCAAGCUUGAGGUCCAACCUGCUGCCAAGAAUUUGUGCUUAUUCUUGUCCAAUAGUUAAGAAAUUAAUUCAGCUAGAGAGGGAGAACCCAGGACAUUAGCCGACAAGGCCGGAAGGCUACAGGGAGCAACAAGAAUGGAUGUGGCAUCCUCUGAUGGCAACAACAACUAAUUCAUUGUUUGCGUGUGACAACAAAAAUGGUGGAGUAGAUGCCCAUGAUGAACGUAGCUCAAACGGUGAUGCAAAUGAAGACGGAGUCGACAAUGCAAAUCCAGUCAUCCAUGAAGAAAUGCCAGUUAAUGAAUAUGAAGAUCAUGGAUCGCAUGGAUGGCAGAUAUCUGUGUGGGAUCAAGCGAACGAAUGUAGUGAGCCAACAGUGCCAGACUACGACACAUAUGAUGAGGAAGAUGAUAGUCAUCAAGUGCGCACUGCAACUAGUCAUGGUUUGCUUGCUAUUAUCACGGGGCAAGGUAAUCCUUCUCAGGCAGUCAUUCUGAAUGAUGAAACAGGGGAAAAUGACAGCUUCACGCAGUCCCGGUCCAGGAGCCAAGAAUAUAAUGGAGAGAUUUCCGAAAUUGAAAGUGAAGGAGAAGUGAUUCAGGUGGUCAUCACUGUGCAAGAGGCUCAAGCUCCAGAAAUCAAUGAGGACGAUGAUCAAGAACGCCUUGUAAUUAAUGAGGGAGGCUAUGAAGCUCGAAGAAGAAGCCGCAUGGUGGAAACCGAUCCAAAUGAUCAUGGGAAAAAGAUAAUGGAACCAGAAAGUGAGUUUGAGUCUUCAGAUAGUGAUGAAGAUAGGAGGACACAGUAUGAAUGCAUAAGAAGAAAUCAUGCGAGGGUUCUACAACGUGAGGAGAGACGUCAACAAGCUCUAGCUCUCCGUCGAGGCCCAGUUAUAAGCAUACCAGCUCUUCCAGUGAUUGCCUCACCCUACACACAGGCUGGACUAGUGGCAAAUGAUGCGCCGUCAGGGAUUGAUCUGCCAACAUUUCAGCCUGCAGCCGAGACACAAGCCGGACCAGUGCCAACUGAUGCGCUAGCAUGGGUGGCUCUCCCACCAUUUGAGCCUGCAGUGCCAAUCGUUGACUUGACAGGAAGCAGUCCAGAGCAAUAUGGUCACGGAUCUAUUCGACUGCCUGACCAUACUAUUGCAACUGAAAAUGUGAAGACUGAAACCGUUGAAGGAGAGGUUGUGCAAACAGUGAUGAUGCCAGCAAACCUAAACAUUGAGGAUGGAACUCGUAACAGAGGAAACAAUCAUAGCCUCAAGUUUCAAACAACAAUAGACGGACUGGGAUAUGUUGGAGCAUCACCACCAGUUGGCUACGGUGGCAUUACACAUAGAGAAGAAGUUCCAUAUGACAUAGCUGCAACUGACAAUCCACAAAGGACAUGGUCACUGGAUGCGGUAACUCAGAACCAGGGCUCAGGAGGCGACAGAAGCGAAGUGCUAAUAGAGGGAGGCAACAAUGCCGCCAAAGAAGACGCCUUGAAAGAUCAGACAAACACGCAGCACACAUACAGAGUUCGGAUGAAUGCAAUGAUAGUGAUGACGGAGGGGGACAAAAUUUGACAGACGACAUUGCCAUGAUGAAUCAAAUGGAGAUUCAUCGAAGAUGGCUCACAAACAGUGGGCAGGGGUGUCCUUCAGAGCAACGCAGGCUAUGUCUUCCCAGGAAUUUGAGGAAAUGGUACAAACACCUGGUCCCAUAUCUGAUAGUUAUGUUGGGGGAAGAGUGUGAAUGAAUUUGGGCCAAAUGGGCACCUAACAAGCGUGGGUUGGGGAGCAGUUUCGCGAAUGCUUACAUGGAAGGAUGGACACAUGUUGGGUGACUGGGAGAUCAGGUGCCGACAUAUAUUCAACUUGCGUUUUGUGCUAGCUCUCAUGUACAGGUCAUACGAUUUGGACUUUGAAUUCAUGAAUAAGAUGAUGAGUUAUGAGGCACUCGGCUAUCAGAUGCAAUGGACAAAGAAGCUAAUGCUCCCAGUUCCAAUGAUGGAAAGCUGGUCUCUAUAUGUUGUGGAUGUUGAAGAAAGGACUUUGUUGGUCAUGGACCCAUGCGAGACGUUCGAGCCUAUCAAUGAGAUGCGAUACAAGCAUGAAGACAAUGCAAACUUCAUCCUGGCAGGACUUCGGCGAUGCAUACAUGAGAACAUCACGGGGUGGUACGUGACAGCUCAAGGCUGGACCAUCCACUACAAUGUUGGCAUGCAUGCUAGCCGUGAACUAGGACAGUUGGUUGCACAUUGUCAACUACAGCAGGGAGUACACUGGCCUAUAUCUCCAGACUAUACUAACCCCUAGCCGCCUAAACUAUCUGCGUCAGUCAAUUGCAUAUGAAGUUAUUUCCAUGAGGGGAAACAUUAGAGAGUUGCCCGACUUCAUGAUUCAGGAGGUGCUGCCAUUCUAAGCUGGUAGACGACAAGACAAUACAUCUUGGACCUAUGAUUUGCGAGCUCAACAUAUGCUGGCUGUCGAAGAAAAGCGUGUUUGCCUCUGCAAGAAAUGUUAGUUGCCAUCCCACAUAUAUGUGGUGUGGUAAUGGUUCCCAUAUUUUCAGCCUCUAUGAAACGAAAACCAAUGUAGCGUCUACCCCAUAUUCCCAGCCUAGCUACCAUCUCUUAGUUGUUCACAAAUUGCUUCUGAACCAGUCAUGUAGAACCUCUAUCUAUUUAUUAUGCCUGUGCCCUUGUCGGUAAUAUGUAACUAAGACAUGUGUGUGCAAGUGUAACUUGUGA